UGGAGGAAAGGUCGCAGAUUCCCCCAGAAACUGAGACUGUGCAUAGGCUUGAAAAUCCGUGAUUGAUGGAACGUUCUCCGGAUAAUAGCAUUUCUAAAUUCUGGAAAUUAUUUUGGUAAAAGGGCUUAUAUGAAUUUUUAGUUGCAUGUGCGACUUCGGCUCAUUAAACAUGCUACUAUUCCUGAUCACCAGGCAAGAUCAUAUGACGCUGGCUCUUCCAAUAUGAGAUGUCCCGUUUCUAGGAUUACCUGCAUGUAUGCCUGACAGAGUAAACGUUGGAUAUCGGACAUGAAUCGCCUUGCUUCUUUUUUGAAAAAUAAUCAUCUUCUGGAUCUGGUCGAGCUAAUAUCCAGGCCCCAUCAAAAUGCCAACCCACUUAAGUCCUAGAGGAGCGACCUCUUCACGAUUCUUCAUGAUUCUCUUUGUACGUAAUAACAUCGAACACUAUCAAAAUAUUAUCCAUCUUACUCUGUUUCGAUCCCACGCUGUCGUUGUUUCGCACUGUUGACAAGUGCAGAAAGCCAUUCUGAGGCUUGUUGAUUGUGUCUGGUUUCAUCCAGUUUCAUCCGCGCCUCUCUGAAUUUAAGCCCUGGCCUUUAACAGUUGGUAUAGAGAAACCAGGUGCAUCUAGAGUAUCUUCGCUAUGGCGAUAGGUGACGAGGCUCUAUUAGUCAGGAAGGUGGCGCCUUUUAUGCUUAUGACAACCUCAACACAGGCGAAUGAGAGAAAUCCUGCUGGUGCCAUUCUACCUGCUCGCUUCCACCACCUUUUCCCCGCAGGAAGAAUCACCAUGGUGCAGCAGAAAUGUGGUGCCAUGGAGAGGAGGCCGGCCAAAUCCUGGUAAAACAAGGCAGGAAAUGAGUGUCACCUAC